UUUCCCAACCACUUCAAAGCCACCAGUACCACUGUACUGCUACAGCUGCCUGGUUCCUUCUCCUUUCCACCACUAUAUAUACCCUCGCCACUUCCAUGCAUAUAAUCGAACACUUCCCUCUUCUGCCUUCCCAUUUCAGUAUCUGACCGAAACACCAUGGUUAAGAUAUAUGCUGUAGUUUUGGUUAUGUUCUUCAACAUCUUGGUGGCCUCAUCGGCUGGUAACUUCAACCAAGAUUUUGAUAUAACAUGGGGCGAUGGGCGCGCCAAAAUACUCAAUAAUGCGCAGCUACUCACGCUGUCCCUUGACAAGACUUCCGGGUCGGGGUUCAAGUCCAGGAAUCAGUACCUGUUUGGAAAAAUUGAUAUGCAGAUUAAGCUCGUGCCUGGUAACUCUGCCGGUACCGUUACAGCUUACUAUCUAUCUUCGUUGGGGUCGGCUCAUGAUGAAAUAGACUUUGAGUUUCUUGGCAACCUAAGCGGAGAUCCUUAUAUUCUACACACAAAUGUUUUCACACAAGGCAAGGGAAAUAGAGAGCAGCAAUUUUAUCUUUGGUUCGAUCCCACCAAAGACUUCCACACCUACUCCGUCUUGUGGAACCCUCAAAGCAUCAUAUUCUCUGUCGAUGGCACACCUAUUCGAGAGUUCAAGAAUUUAGGAUCGAGGGGAAUCCCAUUCCCCAAGAACCAAGCAAUGUGGAUCUACUCAAGCCUUUGGAACGCAGAUGACUGGGCGACACGCGGUGGACUUGUGAAGACAGACUGGAGUAAAGCUCCAUUCACAGCCUCGUACAGAAACUUCAACGCCCAAGCAUGCAUUUGGUCUUCUGGUUCUUCCUCUUGUUCUUCUUCUCGUUCUAGUUCUUCAAAAGAGGCGUGGUUCACCCAAUCAUUGGAUGCCACAGGGAAAGAAAGAAUCAAAUGGGUUCAAAAGAACUAUAUGAUCUACAACUAUUGCAAGGAUACCAAGCGCUUCCCACAGGGACUUCCUCUUGAAUGCACAGUAGCUAGUUGAUUUUCCUGCAUGUUGUAAUAUCACUAUAUGUAAUUAAUCUGCUGUAAAAUUAAAAGGACUGGCUAGGAUUUGUUUUUUUUAAUUUUAUUUUAUUGUGUAUCUUGAUGUUGCAACAUGAUUAAUAUAUUAAUAAGAGAGAAUAUCACAAA